CAAACACUCGAGUUUCGGGAUCAUCGCCACCCGUUUGUGACGGGAUCGUUUCCUUCUUACACCCAAAAGCACACCACGACAACGGUCGGCAGCCGCAAGAUUGUCGCCAACAGUCAACAGUUCUACAUGAUGACGAUGGACGUCACAAAGCCCGAACCGCCCUCGGUGACGGCGGGGAUGGGCGGGGGGCCGGUCGGGGCCGGAGCCUCGACCGCCAUGGCUCUCAACGGGCUCGUCCCGACGGUUUCGGCCGGACCGCAACAGUCGCAGCAGCAGCAACAGGCGCCGCUGGGCCCGGGACCGGGAACAGGUAAUCAGCAACAGCAGGGCCCCGGGGCCGGUGUCGGCGGGCAGGUGAUUCCCCCGGGAGCCCAGCAUCCUCAGCAGCAACAGCAGCAGCAGCAGGGCCAGCAGCAGCUCUGCGCCGGCUGCGGCAAGCACAUCCAGGAUCGCUAUCUGCUGCGGGCCCUCGACCUGCUCUGGCACGAGGACUGCCUCAAGUGCGGCUGCUGCGACUGCCGCCUCGGCGAGGUCGGCUCCACGCUCUACACCAAGGGCAACCUGAUGCUCUGCAAGCGGGACUAUCUACGCCUCUUCGGCAACACCGGCUUCUGUGCCGCGUGCAACAAGGUCAUACCGGCGUUCGAGAUGGUAAUGCGGGCCCGCAACAACGUCUACCACCUGGAGUGCUUCGCCUGCCAGCAGUGUAACCAUCGUUUCUGCGUUGGCGACAAGUUCUACCUGUGCGAGAACAAGAUCCUGUGUGAGUACGACUACGAGGAGCGGCUGGUGUUCGCCUCGAUGGCCAACCAUCCGAUGCUGAAGCGCCAGAUGAGCCAGGGUGGCGGUGCGUCGGGCGGCGGUGGUGCCGGUUCGGCGGGCGGCCAUCCGGGAAUGCAGAACGGCCACGGCAAUGGUGGAGCCGGCGGCGGCGGAGGUUCGAUCGGCGGUGGUGGAGGAGGCGGUGGAGGUGGUGGUGGUGGUGGUGGGCAGCAGCAGCAGCAGGGACAGCAGCCCCAGGGGCAACAGCAGCAGCAGCAGGGACAGCAGAGCAUGCUCGCCUCGCCGCAGAAGCAACAGCAGAACGGCACGAACGGAAACCCGCUGAUGGGGCUGGUGGGCCAGCGGGGAGGCCCGGGUGCUGGGGGCGAUCUGAACAACAACAACAACAGCUUGACCGCGGCCCUCGCCGGAGGGCCCACCCCCUUCGGCACGGCCGCCCAUCUGAAGGCGACGCUCAGCACGGCUAGUUAAAUUUUCCAACCGCGCUUCCAAUUGGCCAACGAAAAGAAGUAGUAAGUCCGAGCCGACGAGACAGAGUGGGUGAAAGAGAGCGUGCGGAGUGGGAGACAAACAGUGCAAGGAAAACCGAGUGAAGAUGGGUACGUCUCUCGGCACGAGGAAAACUGAACCGUUUCCACCGAAGAAGGAGGAGCGAAAACGAAAAGCCGCUAGAUCAACUCGCCUACUUCAACAUGCGAUCGUGUUUCACUUCAACUAUCAAACGUUCGAACGUCUUCCGGUAGGUGCUCGAGCCUGCAUGGCAAGCUACUACUUUCCAUCUCGGUAGCUUGUAGCAGUUGGUGUGGAUGAAAACUUUACGCAACAGGGCUUAUUAUGAAACUCGAACGUUAGAGAGUCCUUCGCAAAGUCUUGUGUUAUGGAAAUUGUCAAAC